GAGUUAAAUGGGUCUUCCAGUUGAGGUGAGACUUCGCAAAUAGAGAGAGAGAGUCUCCACCCGAAAGGUCCAAACACCCAAAGAUAAUUAAAACUCUCUCUGUCGAAUUUCAAAUCUGAAAUUGCGAAUUUAGGCAGAAAAAGAAAUACUCUUCGAUUAUGGCUUUUCAAGGGAAGAAGCUCAUAAACAACCCUAACGAUGUGGUCACUGAAUUUAUUGAGGGUCUUGUGGAAACCUAUCCAGGACUUCAGUACUUAGAUGGUUUCCCUGAGGUUAAGGUUGUAAUACGUGCAGAUGUUUUGGGUGCAACAUAUGACAAGGUCGCUGUCAUAUCAGGAGGUGGAAGUGGGCACGAACCUGCACAUGCUGGAUUUGUGGGAGAAGGGAUGCUGACAGCUUCCAUUUGUGGAGAUGUUUUUGCAUCUCCUCCGGUUGAUUCAAUUUUAGCUGGCAUUCGAGCUGUGACUGGUCCUAUGGGAUGUCUUCUGAUAGUUACGAAUUAUACUGGUGAUCGCUUGAAUUUUGGUUUGGCUGCUGAGCAAGCAAGGUCUGAAGGUUAUAAAAUUGAAACUGUAAUUGUUGGAGAUGAUUGUGCAUUACCUCCACCCCGAGGCAUUGCUGGACGAAGAGGUUUGGCAGGAACUAUUCUUGUUAAUAAGGUUGCUGGAGCUGCAGCUGCUGCUGGCCUUUCUCUAGCUGAUGUUGCUUCAGAGGCAAAAUGUGCAUCCGAGAUGGUUGGGACAAUGGGUGUCGCACUAUCUGUUUGCACAUUGCCUGGUCAGGUUACGUCUGACCGCUUGGGCCCAGGAAAGAUGGAACUUGGUCUGGGAAUUCAUGGGGAAGCUGGUGCUGCUGUGGCAGACCUCCAGCCUGUGGAUGUGGUGGUUUCUCAUGCUCUUAAGCAAAUAUUGUCACCGGAAACUAAUUAUGUUCCAAUUACACGAGGCAAUAGAGUGGUCCUCAUGAUUAAUGGCUUAGGUGCCACUCCGGUGAUGGAACUGAUGAUUGCAGCUGGAAAGACUGUCCCUAAAUUGCAGCUGGAAUUUGGACUUGCCGUUGAAAGAGUGUAUACAGGAUCAUUUAUGACCUCCCUUGAUAUGGCAGGAUUUUCAAUCACUAUAAUGAAGGCAGAUCAAACUCUGUUGCAACGCCUGGAUGCUCCGACUAAGGCUCCCAAUUGGCCUGUUGGUUCUGCUGGUAAUCGUCCUCCUGCCAAGAUUCCUGUCCCACUGCCACCAUCUCGUUCAAUGAAGAGUGAGGAGUCAUUAAGUCGGCCGCUGCAGCUUAGUGAACGGGGCCGUAUUCUUGAAGUAGCUAUUGAGGCAGCGGCAAAUGCAGUAAUCGAUAUGAGGGACAGUUUGAAUGACUGGGAUAGCAAAGUAGGUGAUGGUGACUGUGGGUCAACUAUGUACAGAGGUGCAACAGCAAUCCUUGAUGAUAUGAAAAAAUAUUAUCCUCUGAAUGAUGCUGCAGAAACAGUGAAUGAAAUUGGAUCAUCUGUUAGAAGAGCUAUGGGAGGAACGAGUGGAGUCUUAUACACUAUAUUUUGUAAGGCAGCAUAUGCACGGUUGAAAGCAAACUUGAAUGCAACUGUCACAGCAAAGCAAUGGGCUGAAGCACUUGAAGCUGCCAUUGAUGCAGUCAGUAAAUAUGGUGGGGCUAGUGCUGGUUAUCGUACGUUAUUGGAUGCCCUUAUUCCUGCAUUAGCAGUUCUUAAGGAGAGAUUAAGUGCCGGUGCUGAUCCUACCACUGCUUUUGUCGUCUCAUCUGAAGCAGCAUUAGAAGGAGCUGAAUCCACUAAAGACAUGCAGGCACAGGCUGGGCGGUCGAGCUAUGUCUCCGUAGGUAUACUUUCAACAGUUCCAGAUCCUGGUGCAAUGGCGGCAGCUGUGUGGUACAGAGCAGCUGCUUUGGCUGUGAAGGAUAAAUAUCAAGCUUCAUGAACUGAUGUAUCAAAAUUUUAUCCUCGUCUUGCAUUACAGUUCAUGUGCCCUUUUUGCUGCUGAUUGACCAAUCAAAGUUUUGUUUAUGAUUAAUACUACCAAAUGGCUUUCCGCAUAUGCAUUUUUUUUUGGGUGCAUAAAGCUGAGAGAGCAGGUUUCAUCCAUACACAUAAUUGAAUAUUGAAUGCUUUCUGAAAAUGUAAAUUCAACAUCUAAAUAGAGUUAUUCAAAAUAAUAUUUAUGUUGUAA